GCGCGCACGAGAGGUGGGAGUGGAUGCUGGUGGAGCUGCUGGAAGCCAGGAUGGGAUAAUCAUGCGUGUCUGGCUCCUGGCGUUGAUGCAGCUGCCGUUGCUGGAUACGGACUGGACUCGGGGCGCAGGGUGGGUCUACUUCCUGACUGGAGCUAUCUGGACCUCAUGAUGUUAUCAAGCAUUCCGAGAAAGACGAGGGCGAUGGCUGAGAGAGGAGUUGGCGCAGGUCUUUGAGGCGAGAGAAGAGAGAUCGGCUGUUUCCUCCGAUGGAGGACAGGAUUCACCGGCAUUAAAGAGCCGCAGACCCGGUGUGGAUUAACUUGGAGAGAGGAUACCGAGGGAGAAUUCGUUUGGCUACUUCAUGCGUCUUCUUUUCGAGUGGGAGAGAGAAAAGCGACGCGACUGGAAGAACGGAUCACUUUCGCAUCGGUAAUUAGGAGAGAAGUGGCCGUUUGGAGCGAGCGGCAGCCGCAUCCGACGGACCGGGGGGCGGGGAGGGGGAUCACUUGGAUGGAGAGGGCGCAGUGAGGGCUGAGAGCGGCUCGCCGUGUGUAGGAGGGGACGGAGGGGAGACCGGGCAGUUUGAAGGGACGGGGAGCCAGGAGCGGCGCGGCGGCUCCAUGAGCGGCUCCUGUCGGGACAGAGCGCCCAGAGCCCAGCCGGAGCGUCUCCACCGCCGCGGGUAGAUCCCGGGCUACAGGACGGCGGCCAGUUUGGAAGUUUUGAUGCAUAUGAUCACAACCACCAUGAUUUUUAUGAUUCUUGGUGCUUCAGUUGUAAUGGCGAUAGCCUGUUUAAUGGACAUGAACGCACUACUGGAUCGCUUUCACAACUACAUCUUACCGCAUCUACGAGGGGAGGACCGCGUCUGUCACUGCAACUGUGGAAGGCAUCAUGUCCACUAUGUGAUCCCAUACGAUGGGGACCAUUCCUUGGUGGACUCUUCAGAGAACUACUUUGUGAGUGACAGUGUGACCAAGCAGGAGAUGGACUUGAUGCUGGGGCUGCUGCUGGGCUUCUGCAUCAGCUGGCUGCUGCUGUGGCUGGACGGAGUCCUACACUGUGCCAUCAGGGCCUGGAGGGCGAGCCGCUACUAUGACACUCCGUCCUGGUCAUGGCUGCCUCAGUUCUGCAACCUUCGAGACCUCCGUCGCCGAGCCCAGCUCAGACAGCUGGAAGACUCCAGUGGCAACAUGGUCCACAUUAAGCAGAAGCUCUACCACAACGGCCACCCCAGUCCCCGCCACCUCUGACUCUAAAAAAAAUAAAUAAACACAAAAAAAAUUAUCUUGACCUGACCCCUCCCCUAAAAAACCCCUCUUCCCUGUCCUCCAAAACACCUUCUUCCCAAACUGCCCCAUGGCCAACUGUUGCCUCAGAGACCCUGGAAAACUGCCCUCCCACUGUCCAUAACAAGGCCCCCUUAAGCCCCCAUGACAGGACUUUCUUAUGACUAAACCCAGUCCCUGUCAGCACUUAAAAAAUCCCAAAAUGGAGACGAUUAUUUGUUGCCACUGAAAUCUUGUCUUAUGUCCAUGUCCACCAUUGUGGGAGGAAGAAGAAAAAAAAACAUUUUUAAGGGUGUUUUUUCUGUAUAGAGACAUUUUCUGUGUUCAUUGUUAAACUUGGCAUGCUCUUUUAGAACAGGGUAAGAUGUGGGCAGUGUAUGGAACGGGGCGGCAAGACGGGUGUCAUGAUAUUUUUUUUCUCUAUCGGGUGGGAUGGGGACUUUGUCGACGUGGGGUGGGGCGAAUGAGACUGGCGGGUGGGUGGGUUUUUGUGAUGUUAGACUGCUGCUUCUGUAAAUAGUUAUAAAUAAGUGGGAUUUAACAGUCUUUAAAAGGGGGUGCGUGGGGGGAUUUUUGUGUGAGUCGUUUAUCAAUAGAAAACCUAAUGAUGGACUGUGUGGGUAAAGAUUAUAGGAAUGGAACAGAAAGACGAGUCUGUUUGAAAACUGGAUGUGAAACCAUGUGAUUUCUGCUAAAAACACAGAUUAAUUAGCUUUGUUACUUAGUGAAUUAACUGAAUGUAUUAAUUUUUCCUGUAAAUAUGUGAGGGGGAGGGGAGUGAGCGCGGUUGUGGUUGGGGUUCUCUUUGCUUUAUUAUUAUUGUUUAGUAGACACGGGAGGAGAUACAAAUGCCAGCCAAGAUGAGUCAGUGCAACAUACACACACAGCCGUCCAUGUUCCCCACGCUGUGCUCAACAGCACAGUUCAAUUUUCUUUAUCCAAUUCCCUUUCACUUAUCAGGAGCAACCAGCCUAUCAGCAGAGGGAACCCUCACCCAGCCCCCCCUCGCCCUCUCUGUCCAGACAUUGCUGUUGUGAGGAUGAAAUGUCUGUUUUAUUAAAAGUGCCAUUGAAGCACAACAGUGA